UUUUCCCUCUGGAUUCAGUGUACAGCAAGUCUGGGUAUAAUCAAGCACAGAAAGACCAUUUUCUAACAGGGAUUCUGCAUGACGUAUGACUCACUGCUUGCUGGCAGGAAUCUCAGAGGACCAGUAGGCAGAGAGGAAUUGUAUCUGACAAGACUGCAUAUUGGAAAGGACUGUAAUCUACUGUAGUGGAGAACAGAGACACUCAAUCACUGAAGCUGUAAAUAGGAGGCAGCGAAGAGUUCAGAGCAAAGGAAGAAGAGGAAAGUGUUUGUUGUUGGGGGCAUUUAAAAAGCAUUUUUGGUGCAUGGGAUGAAGCCAGCCAUGGAAACUGCAGCAGAGGAAACCACAGAACAAAGCCAAGAGAAAAAAGGUUGCUUUGAAUGCUGUAUUAAGUGCCUGGGAGGUGUUCCAUAUGCGUCGCUAGUGGCUACCAUCUUGUGUUUCUCUGGAGUGGCGCUUUUCUGUGGCUGCGGUCAUGUGGCACUUACUGGAACAGUAUCCAUCCUCGAGCAACACUUUUCUUCAAACGUCAGCGAUCAUGCCCUUCUGACUGAAGUAAUACAGUUAAUGCAGUAUGUUAUCUAUGGAAUUGCAUCCUUCUUCUUCUUGUAUGGAAUCAUUCUAUUGGCUGAAGGCUUCUACACAACAAGUGCUGUAAAGGAAAUGCACAGUGAAUUCAAAACCACUGCUUGUGGAAGAUGUAUCAGUGGCAUGUUUGUAUUUCUUACCUAUGUCCUUGGAGUUGCCUGGCUUGGUGUCUUUGGCUUUUCUGCUGUUCCAGUAUUCAUGUUUUACAACAUGUGGUCAUCUUGUGAAGUUCUUAAAUCAUUGCCUAUAAAUAUGACUACUUCACCAGACCAGAUAUGUGUGGACAUCAGGCAGUAUGGUAUUAUUCCAUGGAAUGCUUUACCUGGAAAAGCAUGUGGAUCAGCUUUGGAGAGCAUAUGCAAAACCAGUGAGUUUUACAUGUCUUACCACCUAUUUAUUGUGGCUUGUGCUGGUGCUGGCGCUACAGUUAUUGCACUGAUCCACUUCCUCAUGAUUCUGUCUGCUAACUGGGCCUACUUAAAGGAUGCAAGCAAAAUGCAGGCCUACCAGGAAAUUAAAGUAAAAGAAGAACAGGAAUUGCAAGAUAUCGAGUCACGGUCUAAAGAACAGCUUAAUUCUUACACAUAAAAUGAUUAUCAGAGUUAUUACAAGUGAAGAGCCUGUAGUCGUUAUAACAAGUCAACUAAUGCAGAAGUGUUAGGAUACAAAAAAACCUACUGGAAUGGAUUUUGUACAACAGAAAAAUCUAAACGAGAAACACAAUUUCCACACCAGUUUUAUGUUUUGAUCUCAGGCAUUUGAAAAGGCAGCACUUUAUAAGAUACCCAUCAAGAUAUUUGUUGCUAUCUUUUUUGGAAUACUUAUUUCCGAAAAGGUAAGAGCGCAGAGUGGAAUCAUUAGUUUCUUGGAAAUUCAGUAAAUCUUUGCCAUAUAUCUUUCACUAUUUCUGGUUAUGUACCAAAAGUUAAAGUGUUACCAUUUUGAAAUGAAUUAUAAAUAAUUCAAAUCACCAAUGGCAUUUGUAAAUAUUCAUAAAAAACCCCCCACAGUUAUUUUACAACAAUGCCAGAGCAUUCAAAAAGAAAACUGCAGGUCAAUAUUUCAGUGCUCGAUCGAAUCUUUCGUAUUUGUAAACAGAUGUUAACUGAAAAUUAAAUAACUUCUACAUUCAGGAGUUAAUUUUGUACAUCAUACUUUUUUUUCUUUCUAGAAACUGAUAUUUGAAGUAUUUAAUUGUAACAGUAUUAGACUAAUGUUGAAACACAUUUACAUUGGUGAAUUGAAAAUAUAGUAUUGCAUUGUUGCUGUUAAGUUACUCAUUCCGAUUGUGGUUUUGUUUUUGACAGUUGCACUUCCUAUAUAUAUAUAUAUAAAAAAAAAGGAAAAAAUCCACAAAAAAAUAAAUAAAAUAAAAAAAAGUGGAAAAUUUAGAUGGUAAAAUAAUUAGGGGAAAAAAAUCCCAAUUACAUUUGAUUUAAAGGGACAUUAAACACUCAAUAUAUUUUAUAAGCAUAGUAUUGAGGUUAUUCCCCCCUCCCUCUACUUAUGGGUGCCACCAUAUUGAAAUCUGUCUUUCACUACAUUCCAGAGCUAACAGGUUUGCACAUGCGCAGUAACUCUUCUACAAAUACCUGCAGUGUAACCUAGGGUUCCAUCAUGACAGCUCUCAUGAUUAGAGAGAGGUGCAUGAAAUGUAUUUAGUGUUUACUGUUCUUUUAAAGAUUACCUUUAAUGUUAAUGUGAACUAAAGGUGUUAAAAGUAUUUUGUUUGGGUAUAUGGCUAAAAAGGUCCUUUAUUUGUUGAGAAUUUAAAAUUAAGAUGCUAUUGUAAGUAGCAAAAGUUAAUACAGCCUAGCUUUUUGUUAAGCCAAUGCAUGGAAGAUCCGUAAAUAUUUCUACUGCGGCACAGGUGAUUGUCAUAGCCUUGUGUUCUCAUGUAUAGAAGGCAGUGUCUUAAAACCAUUUCUUUUCUAUUCUGUGUAGUUGAUGAAUUUUUGUUUCUCUUUUUCUGUUUAGUGUAAUAUUUUUAUGUAAAAAAGCAUUACAUUUUGCUAUGUAUAAAUUUUUGUAACCUAACAGUGAAUCAAUAUUUUUUAUCAGUGCCAAGGGCUUCCUGUAGUUAUAUUCAAGUGUUAUAAUAAAUAUUUGUAGAUAAAA